AUGCAUUCCUUCCAGGUUGAAGAUGGUGAAGAAGUGAAUAAAGCAAAGGGCGUUAAAAAGAGCACUGGAUUCCAGUUAUAUCGUGGUUUACAUUUGGUACCAAUUGUUGUUGAGCAGACCGGCCGCGGCGAAAGAGCUUAUGACAUAUUUUCAAGAUUGCUUAAAGAACGCAUAAUAUGUUUGAUGGGACCAAUACACGAUGAUUUAAGUUCAUUAGUGGUAGCUCAGUUAUUAUUUCUUCAAGCAGAAAAUUCAAAUAAACCUAUUCACAUGUAUAUAAAUUCUCCCGGUGGCGUUGUCACUGCCGGUUUGGCUAUAUACGAUACGAUGCAAUAUGUGAAACCGCCAAUCGCAACUUGGUGCGUAGGACAGGCAUCAUCAAUGGGUUCGUUGCUUCUCGCAGCUGGUGCUCCCGGCAUGCGACAUUCGCUACCAAAUUCCCGAAUAAUGAUACACCAACCAUCUGGAGGCGUGCAGGGCCAAGCCACAGACAUUCAAAUACAGGCGGAGGAAAUAUUAAAGUUAAAGAAGCAAUUAACAAAAAUUUAUGUAAAACACACUCGGCAACCUUAUGACGUUUUGUAUCAACGAAUGGAAAGAGACAAUUUUAUGUCUCCAGAAGAAGCAAAAGAACUUGGACUUAUCGAUCAAAUAUUAGAGCACCCACCUGAAAUGUCUCUAGGUGAUGAAGAAAAAUAA